AGAUAUUCCAGUAAUCUGCAGCCAUGAUGAUGGACAUGAUGCAAAUGUAUUUCCAUUUUCGAAUCCAAGAGCCCAUCCUUUUCCGUCAGUGGAAGCCCACAGACACCACAGGCUACGUUUUCUCCUGUAUUUCCCUAUUUUUCAUCGCGUUUUGCCUGGAAUUGCUGAAAUUCGGAAGGCAAAGAAUGACGAGAACUGUGAAGGAAAAAUUGGCCGUCGAUUGCUGUUGCUCAACGCCUGAAGGCAUUUGGGAGAUUCCGGAAGAGCCUGAGCCGUCGCCACGUGGCAAACUGGCAUCGUUGGCUCCAUUUACAAUGGAAUCCAUCUCAAGUUGGAGACAUUUUGCGUCUUCUUUUCUAUUUUUUCUUCAAAAUUUUGUGGAUUAUUCGUUGAUGCUGGUAGCAAUGACAUAUAAUUAUCCGCUAUUUUUCUCGCUUUUAGCAGGCCACGCCAUCGGAUAUUUCUUCGUUGGCCCGUUGAUGACGGUUAAGGAGGUCGAAAACACUGGAAAUUGCUGUUCUUAAUUGAUUUCAUAAAUAUGUAUAAAGCAUUAAAUUUGAAUAUAUUUUUAAUAAAGAAAAAUCGAU